AUGGUCCCAGCGCCGCCGACCAUGGCAACACCCCCCAACCCGCUCGCCCCCAGGCGGUCGGGCGCGUCGCCGCCAGUGUCGACGCCCGCAGCCACGGGCUCGGAGCAGGUCAUCGGAAAGUUCAAGCGCCUGCAUCACAUUGGCAAGGGCAGCUUCGCCGAAGUCUACCGCGGCAUUCACAUUGAGAAGCGCCAGUCCGUCGCCAUCAAGUCGGUCAAUAUGAACAAGCUCAACAAGAAGCUCAAGGACAACCUCGUCUCGGAAAUCUCCAUUCUGCGCAGUCUGCACCACCCGCACAUAGUCUCGCUCAUCGACUGCCACGAGACGCCGUCCCGCAUGCACAUCAUCAUGGAGUUCUGCGAGCUCGGCGACCUGUCAGCCUUUAUCAAGAAGCGCGCCGACCUCGUAAACCACCCGCAGACGCAGCGCAUGAUAGAAAAGUACCCGAACCCGACCGUUGGCGGCCUGCACGAGGUUGUCGUCCGCCACUUUGCCAAGCAGAUGGCGAGCGCCCUGGAAUUCCUGCGGUCCAAGAACUACAUUCAUCGUGAUCUCAAGCCCCAGAACCUGCUCCUCAACCCCUCCUCCAUCUUUUACUCGCAGAGUGGCACCCUCGAACGCAUGCCUCUGGCUGCCAGCGCCAAUUCCUUGAUACCCGCCACCGGCAUCGCCUCGCUGCCCAUGCUCAAGAUCGCUGAUUUCGGCUUCGCUAGAAUUCUGCCGACUACCUCGCUGGCCGAAACCCUGUGUGGCUCUCCCCUCUACAUGGCACCUGAGAUUCUGCGGUAUGAAAAGUACGACGCAAAGGCCGACCUGUGGUCUGUGGGAACUGUGCUCUUCGAAAUGAUGUGCGCCCGACCGCCAUUCAGGGCGAACAACCACGUAGAGCUACUGCGCAAGAUUGAAGAGCGCAAGGACCAGGUCAGAUUUCCAGAAGGCCUCGUCUGCACCAGGGCCAUGAAGACCCUUAUCCGCGCACUCUUGAAGCGAAAGCCAACCGAACGCAUGUCAUACGAGCAUUUCUUCUCAGAUGCCGUCAUUCGCGAUGAGAUUCCAGACAUGGUCGAUGAGGACCUUCCGGGUUCUAUGCAAGCGUCUGAGCGUAUGCAAACCUCCGUAUUAGAACCACCCAUUGAGCCACCCCAGCGAGUCCACAAGGCGCCCCUCGAGCUGGAAUCCAGGCCUACUGACAGUCCAUACUCGAUCUCGACCAGGGACAGGACGACAGGCCUUGGGACAACACCACCUUCACGGCCGGCUUCUCGACCUGUAUCCGGCAACUUCUCAGGCACUCCACCGCAAUAUCUGCCUGCAAGACGAGCUAGUAACGCCCCUAUUGAGCCCAACGACGGACGCACUCCAACGCGUGAGCAUCGUCGGCCUACGCUCACCAACGCUGCAACCGCACCAGGACGUACUGCGACGCUGCAAGACCAGACGACAGCACCUACUGCCACCAGCCACAGGCGCAAGUACUCUCGCGACGAACAAGGCCCGCCAUACAUCGGUCUCAAGGAGCACCUGGAUCGCGAGCGAAUCCCACAGAGGACGGAAGCAAACGUGUUGAAAGAGGCGGCAGAGCGAGCAGCACAAGAUAACGCGCUUGACGAGGGGUUUGUCUUUGUGGAAAAACGGCGUGUGGAGAUUGACGCACUGGCAGACGAGAUUGCGAAUAGUCCACAAACACAGCGGGAUCGUCCCCUCCACCGGGAAGCAGCAAUGAAGCGACGAUCGACAACGCAAGGGUCGCCAACAUCAACCACUGGCGCAGUCCCCUCGAAAGCCAUCCAGAUUCAGCAAAAGCCUACCAUUACGCACCAGCGCACAGCUUCUUACAGCCGGCGACAAUACCGCCCAAGCUUUGAAACCGCCACCUCUGCUCUUUCCAAGGCUAUGAACAUGGUCAAUAUCCGAGGGCUUGGUCUGUCUCCGCCGGUCAUGAAGGGCGUCUCACCCCCACAGGGCUAUUCCGCAUUCCCAGCCUAUCCCACUGCGCAAAGCAGCAUGCUAAUGGUCGGCGAUGGAGGCAAAUCCGUUGGCAAAGAUGAAGAUACCAUGACGGUCAAAAGGAUUGAGGAUCUGGCCCAGCUCAGCCACGUUGUAUAUGGCUUCGCUGAAGUCAAAUACAGUCAGCUUGUUCCGGUUGCACCAAGCGACCCAGCUUUAGGAGUCGGUUCCACUGGCGUUGCUCGCAAGCCCAACAGCGAUGUGAUCGACGAUGACGAUGACGACGAAGAUUUGACGCCUGAUACUAUUCUCAUCAUUUCCGAGGAAGCGCUGGUACUCUUCGUCAAGACGUUGGCAAUGUUGAACAAGGCUAUGGACCUGACUGGCAGCUACUGGAAUCGCGCCCGCCGUAAUAGUGGCCCCGACGGAACAAGCCGAACCAAUGCAAAGCUGGGUCAGGUGGUCUCAUGGAUGCGAGAUCGAUUCAACGAAUGCUGCGUCAAAUCUGAGAUUGUCGCACGUAAGCUCAAGCAGGCACAGGGGCAGCUACCGGCAGAUCAUCCAAGCCAUCCUCACAAUCAAUCGGCGGCAUCCAGCUCUGCAACUGCUGUAGGUUCCGCGGAGAACAUUCUACUUACGACUGGUGUUACCGCUGAGAAACUAUUAUAUGACCGGUCGCUAGAGAUGAGUCGCCAGGCAGCCAUUGAUGAACUCACUGGACACAACCUGGCGGACUGCGAUAUCAACUACUGGACUGCCAUCACGAUGCUUCAAGCUGUUCUUGAAGAGGAAGAAGAAUCGUCCAACGAGAAGGCUGAUGCCGAGGAGAUUAAUGGCCUCGACGGCGAAGAUCGGCGCUCGAUCCAGAAGCUCCUUGAACAAAUGAGAAGCCGGCAACGGGCUCUUAAGAAGAAACUCGACGUUGUCAAGACUCAAAAGCGCACUUCUAUCACUAGUGCGCCUGCACAACAUUCCGUGGGACGCAGCUCUUCUUCCCAAGGUGUCGCAAAGUAG